AUGGCCGACAGCAGCAGGGUCGCGGCGGCAGCGGCAGCGGAAGCAGGCGGGCCAGACGCGGGCCGCGGCGGCGACGACGACGGUAACCUGCUGCCCGUUGCAGCCGCCAGCAGCAACAACCUCUACAGCAACACCGCCGCCAGUGGGCCGCCUGCCGAACCUGCUGCUGUUGAGCCAGCAGCACUGCAACAGGUCCCCAGCAGGACCGUCUCGUUUCGUAACCUCAACCAUCACCGGCGGCAAUCGCAGAGCGAGCGAAUCAGUGAGAUCCUCGAGAACGCACGCAGCCGCGCCGAAAGCAUGAGCCCCGAGCCGGGCCCGGCGGCGUCCUCUUCGCGGCAGGCGUCGUCGUCCCUGCAGCAGCUCUCGGGCGACGAGGUCAGCGCCGACGAGCUGACGAGCUUCAUGUCCCGCGCCUCCUCCUCGCGCACCUACCACGGCGUGCAGCGGACAGGCACCUCGAGGUCACGGCGGUCCAUAUACGACCACCCUUCUUCUCAGUCGCCAGUCGCCGAGGAUGACGAGCAACAACAAGUCCCCGCGCGGCGCUCCACCCGCAGAGGCUCCCGCGCCUCGACCAACAACGGGCGGCCCUCGGAUGUCAACGGGAGGGCUGCCAAGGGCGACGACGACGACGACAACGGAGCGGACAUGGCGUGGUGGAGGAAGCCCCUGGGGACAUUUCAAUCCGUCGAGCUGGAGAACAAGGGCAGCGUCGCCAGGGACCAUCUAGCUCUCGAGCGCACGUUCCUCGCCUGGCUGCGGACGUCACUGGCCUUUGCCUCCAUCGGCAUCGCCGUGACGCAGCUGUUCCGACUCAACACGUCGCUGUCGGACACGGGCAGCGACAUUGGCAGCGGCACCCUGAAGCGCCUGGGCAAGCCCCUCGGCGCCACCUUCCUCGCCAUCAGCAUACUGACGCUCCUGCUGGGGUUUCGGCGGUACUUUCACGGCCAGGACUGGGUCAUCAAGGGCAAGUUUCCGGCGAGCAGGGGCACCAUCAUCAUUGUCGCCUUUGUCGCGCUCGCCAUCAUGGUCGUGUCGCUCGUGGUGGUGAUUGUGAUACACCCGACGGCGGACAUGGACCUUUAG